CCGCAGAUGGCAGUACUUAAAACGUGUGAGGGUCUCGUUAAGCGGAGUUCCGCUGCUUCCACGCAGUUCAGAGAGCACCGCUCAUCCGCACCGCAGUCAUCAUCACCCUGAACCCGCCAGACUAAGUGGAUCAACAGCGCCUCUAUGUGUUGUGAGUCUCUCUCGGAGUGACGAUGGCAGAGAGCUCGCACUGUUUCUACUGUCGGGAGGACCUUGGGGGGAAGAGGUUCGUCCGCAACGAAGGCAGGCCGGUGUGCGUCCGCUGCCACACCAAAUUCUGCGCCAACUCCUGCGCCGAGUGCCAUCGACCCAUCCCUGUCGAAUCAAAGGAGCUCAGCCAUAAGGGCCGGUACUGGCAUGAGGAGUGUUUCCGUUGUGCGAAGUGUUACAAGCCUCUGGCUAAGGAGCCCUUCAGCACCAAGGAUGACCGCAUCAUGUGUGGGAAGUGCUGCUCCAGAGAGGAUGCUCCACGCUGCCAUGGCUGCUAUAAAGCAAUACUGGCUGGUACAGAGAGUGUGGAGUACAAAGGGAACUCCUGGCACGACGAAUGUUUUACCUGUUUUAACUGUAAGCGAACAAUAGGAUCGCUGAGUUUCCUCUCCAAAGGAAAUGACGUUUACUGUAGCCCUUGCUAUGACAACAAGUUCGCCAAACACUGCGUCUGCUGCAAAAAGGCUAUAACCUCUGGAGGAUUGAACUACCAGGAUCAGCCGUGGCACAGCCACUGUUUUGUGUGCAGCUCGUGCUCAAAACCUCUAGCAGGGUCAAGUUUCACCAACCACCAGGACCAGGUCUUCUGUGUCGACUGCUACAAGAGCUCCGUGGCAAAGAAAUGCAGCGGCUGCCAAAACCCCAUCACAGGUUUUGGUAAAGGAGUGAAUGUGGUGAACUAUGAGGGCAGCUCCUGGCAUGAAUACUGCUUCAACUGUAAGAGAUGCUCCCUCAGUCUGUCCAACAAGCGCUUCGUAGCCAAGGGGAAAGACAUCCUCUGCGCCGACUGUGGCAACAAGUAGUGAUGAAGAGCCUGGUCAUUGUCUAACAGUGGUUUAUAGUCAUUAUGUCUUUUUGUUUCUUUAUUUUUACAUAAAGGGUUAGCGUCCCCAUUUCAAUUUUC